GGCUGGGAAACCUGGAAUAGAGAAGCAAGAACUGUUCAGGAACUCUACAAACUUCAAAAAGCCGGCUUCCACUUGAUUUUAAAGAAAUAGCCCGACAGAAAAACCCGGUGUGGGAACAAGUUAGUGGUGGUUGAGUCCCCACCCGAACUCAUUUUUCUCGGCUCUCAGGAAGUGGGGGGGCCAUCUGACCCCAUCUGCCGGAAGUGCCUUUUCCAGAGUGCCGGGCUAUUCUUGCAGCUUAGUUUUCCACCUCUCCGCGCAACGCUGGCAACAACAUGCUUCUGAUUCAGCCCUUCCACUUAGCUGUAAAAAUAAAUUAAUCAGAACGCCCUGGCAUCUUCCUUAGCGAGACUUUCAGUGGGACCCAGUAUGCUUCACUUCAUCCAGAAGUUUUCUCAAGCACCUUCAAAGAUUCUGAAGUAUCCUUCUACAGUCAGACUAGGAGCUAGCAGAAGAAUAAACAUACUUUCUGUCAAGGCAUGUCUCCAGCAGAACUUUUCCCCUUUGUUUCCAAGGACUUGGCUUCUCUCAUCAUUUCCAGUGUAUAUGAGCAAAACACAGUAUUAUCAUACGUCCCCGUGCAGCUUUAAGAAGAAGCAAAAGCAAGCAGUAUUUCCAGCCAGGCCACCACGCACCAUCAGUUACCUGCCUUACAGCCCAAAGCCAGCGUUAUACAUAACUCUGGCAGGACUAAUCCCCUUCGUUGCUCCACCACUGGUCAUGGUGAUGACAAAGACUUAUAUCCCCAUAUUAGCUUUUACUCAGAUGGCUUAUGGAGCCAGUUUCCUAUCUUUCUUGGGAGGGAUCAGAUGGGGUUUUGCUUUGCCAGAAGGUAGUCCAGCCAAGCCAGACUUCCUCAAUUUAGCUAAUAGUUUCACUCCUGUUGUGUUUUCAUGGUUUGCCUUCUUUAUUUCUGAGAGACUCAGUGAAGCUAUAGUCACAGUAAUAAUAGGUUUGGCAAUAGCAUUACACAGUGAACUUUUUCUCUUGCCACAUUAUCCCAAUUGGUUCAAAGCCCUGAGGAUAGUAGCCACUUUAGUGGCCUUUCUUUCAUUUGUAAUAACUUUACUAGUUAAAGAUAUUUAUCCAGAGAAAGGACCCAAGAGACCUGGGCGAACAGAAUAAAUAUAAAACUCUGUAGAUGACGUUAGGAUGUUGGCUAGAAACCUUGUAAGGCUGUGUUUUGGCAUCACCUUUUUCUCCUUCUGUUUAGCUCUUUUUUUCCCUCACCAAUGGUAAUUUAUUCUUCACAAAUUAGUUUUCAUUUCUAGAAAUCUUUACAGGAAUCACUGAGAAGCAGCUUGAAAAUCCCUAACAAGGCCUUUUCAUGUCAUUAGGUUACAGUUCUCAUUAUCUUUUUAUGAAUUAAAUAGUCAGCCAGUUAAUAGUUUCAAUGUUUUGUUUUGAAAAAUGUAAAAUAAAAAAGAUGAAAAAUC